GCAGCGUCUGAGAAAGCUCGAUUUCUCGUGUUUUUCAAAACUUAGCUCGCUUUCAAGUGUUUGUCGUUUGACUUAGAUGAACCCUCCUGUUCCUAAAAAGUCAACAAAACGUGACAGUGGUGUUGGGGACUCACCUUCUCGUGAGCAGCUGGAUCGUGAGGCCCGUGAUCGUGGGGCCCGUGUUCGUGUGCCUAACCCUCUCGACCCUAUUACCAAAGAAUCUGAUAGUGCAAGUGCUGAUCCGCGAGUCAUGGCUAUUGCAGCUCAAGCGACUAUGGGGGCGAUUGCCAAGGCAGAAGUUUCAAUUCCGAAAUACUCUGGUCAUUCUAAAGACACAGAGUACAAGUCGGAGAAUGGAACAAGAACAGAAAUAUGGGAAGUCCGAAAAUGGAUCGACCGUUGCGAGCACGUCAAAGGUGCCGCACGGUGGACCGACGGGGUCUUGCUUCAGCAGGCGAUUCUUUGCCUUGUUCCAGGCACCCCCGCAGAUGACUUCUACCAGUGCGAGGCCGCCACACUUCUCACUUGGGAGGCCUUCAAGAAUGCACUAAUCAAGGAGUUUUCACCUCCGGUAGCUGCCAGCAAAAGAGUUCGCAUCCUUCGUUCCUUCAAACAAGGCGCUAAAGAACCAGCAUCACAGUACCAGAAUCGUAUCCGCCUCGCAAUGAGAAAGUUCGUCCGAAACAUCGAGGACUACACUGCUCCUCGGGAUGCCCUGGCCAACAAUAAAGACUACCUAUCUGGCGUUGAAGAUGGUGCAGAUGGUGCAAUUCAGUUCUUUAUGGACAAUGUCUUCCUGUUAGGCCUCAGGGACAGAUUGAUGGAAGAAGUCACGCUCUCUGGAGCGUCCACUAUGGAGGAAAUGAUACGGGUACUCCAACGUGUCGAAACCUCCGAGCUCCAGAAGCGUGAAGGAUCGCAUUCCAUUGCAGCGGCGUCCACCCCUUCCGCAUCUACUUCCUCAUUGGAAUCACAGCUUUCUGCCCUCACGAAAGCUGUGGAACAGCUCAAAGCUGGAAACAGCGCUUCCGCAUCCGUCGCUGCUGCUAACUCCAGCUCUCAACGGAAAGACAAAUCCAAGGAUAAGUCGGCAGGCAACUGCUACUACUGCCUGGUGCCGGGACACUAUGCCACGGAUUGUGAAACCCGGAAAAAGGAUCGGGCCGAUCAAAAAUGGAGGCCGACAAGUCGCAAUCCCUUCAUGUCUCGAGAAGACUACAGCAAACUGUCGAAGGAAGAGAAGACAAAAGGCCAGCACUUCUUCUCGAAGCCUGCUGCGUCCACCUCCACCGUCCAGCUUCCGCAAGGCCCGCCUCCUGCAUUCUUCCCACCUCUUCCUCCUUCUCAAGAGUCAAUGUAUGCCCAAUAUUACUUGGGAAACUGAGUUCAGGGAGGGCUAAUCGUAUAAGUCACAUUACGUCGGCAAUUUCCUCUAUAUAUGCGUAUGCAGUGGCAUCACUUUUUACACCUGCUUCGCCUGCAACACGUCCGACUGCUUCAAUUUAUCUCCCUGGAAAAGUCCAUGCUACGGCGCUGUAUGACACUGGGGCCCAGCUUACUCUGAUGAGCGAGGCCACAUUCAGACGCAUUCCAGUGCAUCUACGACCACAGCGUGACGCCUCCCAAUCAUGCCCUCUUCUCAGCGGCCCUGGUGGUUCUCCCCUGACUGUUCGUGGGCUUUACUACAUGCCCGUUUGCCUCCUCGAUCGUGAGGUCCAACAUGGGUUUGUUGUGGUUUCUAACCUCACGAGCGAUGUCAUUUUGGGUGCAGACUUCCUACAACAACAUAGCCUUUCCUAUGACUCUCUCGGAAAUCGUCUGUUCUUCUCUUUCAACCCCGCUGCAUGGUCUUCAGCAGCUAUGGUCGCUUCUGAGUAUUGUACACUCCCUGCCAACGCAUCUUCUGUCAUCAGAAUCAAGGCUUUCCGACAGCCAUCCAUUCCUCUUACAUCAUCCUCUUCCUUUUCGGCCAUCGGUGUUGUGGAUUGUGUCGAAACCCCAAUUUUUGGAAAGGAUGCUCUCAUCUCCUUUUCGGGACAAGAUGUCGAUCUUGAUAUUUCCCGUGGUCAAUACAUCGGUCAUCUCAAGCCUUUCAAGGAGGCUGAGGUUGGCGAGGUUCAUAUCAAUCUCGAUGACGCCCCAUUGUCGUCACCUCCCACCUCAACCCAUUGUGAUUCGGCCAAAGCCGAGCAUCUCCGUUCAACGGCUUUUAUUCAACUUCAACAUCUCUCAUCGGAUCUUUGCAACCGUUAUGUGAAUCUCAUCAUGAAGAACCACGACGUAUUUUCUAAGGACAAAUUUGACUUGGGUCGCACCUCAGUUAUGGAACAUUCAGUGCAACUGUCUACACUUGAGCCCAUUUAUGUCAAACAGUUCCGCAUCCAGAAAGUCACAGGUCAGUCCUAGUUGAGCAUUUAAACAAUUGGCUGAAACUUGGGGUAG